ACUUCCUAGUAUUAAAUACCACACGGUGGGAAUCUUUGUCCUUCAAGCAACCCUUGCUCCAAGCAAUUCUAGAAACUCUUCCUUCUUUUUUCAUAUUCAUUCCCUCUUCCUUUUGUUUUCUCUUAUGAAUUUUUUCUCUUUUGUGUGAGUUCCAAAAACAAAAAACAAAAGGGUCAUUGAAAAUGGCAAUUACACAUGCAGACCUUGAACCAAACAGAAGUAAAACAGAUUUGAGUAGCAAAACAGGAGCUUUUCUUAUGGUUGUCACAAUUCUAUUAGGCUUGUUCUGUUUCAUCUUAUGUCUCAUAGCUGAAGCCACGCGUUCUGAGGUUACAUGGAUAAAUACAGAUGGAAAAGAAAAGGGAGGUAAAUCUGUAUGUGUUUACAAUGGUAAUGGGAAAGUGCCUUUGUUAUGUGCUGCUGGUGCUUUUGUUGGAUUAGCACUUGCUUUGGUUAUAGAGCAUACAUACAUGUUGAUAGCUGUGAGUAAAUCAUCACCUUCUUUGAUUAAUUGGGAUCCUGAUUCUCCUUCUGCCAAAUCCUUAACAUGGUUGGCUGGUUUUUUCUUCAUUACAACUUGGAUUUGUUUUGCAGUUGCAGAGAUAUUAUUAUUAGCAGGACUAAGUGUAGAGUCAGGACAUUUAAAAAAGUGGUGGAAACCAAGAACAGGUUGCUAUAGCAUUAGAGAAGGUUUGUUCUCAUCUGCAGGAGUGUUUAGUUUAACAACAGUUUUCUUAGCUGCUGGUUUAUACCUAACAGCACUUCGUGCACAAAGAAUGUCAGAGGAACUAGCACAUGUUCGAAGAGAGGUUCUUGAAGCUUCUACCUUCUAUGCUUCUCCACCAAGAUCACCUCAAAGACAUAAUAAUAAUAAUAAUAAUAUCACUACUGUUCCAAGGGAGAAUCCAACAACAAUAGAGAGUCAAAGUCAUGAUCUAUUAUUGUCUGUGUUUCCAACACCUUUUAACAAAACCUUUACUUUUGUAUAGAUUUAUAGACCGUAUAGUUUCAUCCUUUGGUUUGGCCGUAUGGACCAAAACUUUAAGGCAUAGCGUGUCACAAAAUUAUAUUUACAAAUAUACAAACUAUAGAGUUAAAACUAAUUUGAUUGAACAUAUUUGAUUGAACCAAUUUGGUGUAAUGUGAUUAUAAAUCUGAUUUGUUCACUGAUCCCAUAAUUUCGGAUUA